AUGCGUAGCGGGGAGUGCGUGCCGCCAUUAUUUUACGCUGACGACCAGGCCCUGCUGGCCACCACGCCGGCAGGCCUGCGUUUCCAGCUUGGUUACCUUGAGAGCUACUGUGCCGCCUGGGGCCUGUCGGUUAACACCAAAAAGACCCAGGUGGUAGUGUACACCGCUGGCAGGGCUGCUGCCACGGAGGAGCGGUUCCGCUACGGCGGCAAUGAGGUGGAAACCGUCCCCACCUUCAGAUACCUCGGCGUGCACCUGCACUGCCGGCAGGCCUUUGCCUCGGCGGCAUCGCAUCGGGCGGAGGCUGGGCGGCGCGCGAUGCACCUGCUGCGUCGCCGCCUGGCCGAGAAUGGGUUGCAGGACCCCCUGCUCAGCAUGCGUGCGUUCAAGUCUUACGUCCUGCCGACGUUGUCGUACGGGGCAGAGAUCUGGGCGCCGCAGCUGAUUCUGCAGGGCAGGACGGCAUGCGAGCAGGUACAGCUGGAGUACCUGCGAGGGCUGCUGGGUGUGCGGGACAGCACCCCAGCCCUCACUGUGCUGGCAGAGACGGGGCAGCUGCCGCUGCCCGCCUACUGGACCUUGCAGGUUGCACGCUUUGUGAGCAACCUGCAGGCUAUGGGCGGCGAGCGGGUCGCCCGUCUUGCCAUGCUGGAUAGCGUUGCGCUGGCUGCCGACACGGACACAGGGCUGCCACUGGCCCGGCAGCCCUGGGCAGCGCAG